UCUCUCUCUCUCCUGUACUCCUGUCUCCCUUUCUUUUCCGAAACACCACCGUGUCAUCGCAUCGAACAACUUUUCCAUCAACAAACCUCCUUAUCGCCAUCGACACCCCCGAAUCCACGCUACACUCUCGCUCGCUCGCUGGCUCGACCUCACACUCGCUGCCUGCAUACUGCGGGGAUUCCCAUCCAUUCCUUGGUACUCUCCUUGUCUUCCUCUCUCCCCGCUCCUUGUCUGUCGCUUUCGGCCUCUUUCUUGUGCUUUGGGUUGGCAUUUCGCGUAACCCGACCCCACGAUCACUACCGAAAACAACGCACAGCUAGCUAGCUACCUUCCACCACCACCUAGUCCCCCCCUCCCCGCAUCAUUAUCCUUUCAACAACCUGCAACUUUCACCAGCAUCGUCUGGAACGAUAUUCAACCUGAUGCCUUCCAAAUCCAAUAACAACUACGCUUUCGGUCCUAGCAACUCCAACGCCGCCAUCUCUAGCAACUCGCACAACCCGUUCAUCAACAACGCGUCCUCGUCGCAACAGCAGCAGUUACAUCAACCUCGACCGACACCUUCGAGAAGCUUGACGGGUGGUGGUGCUACCAGUCCUAGUGGCCAUUCACCUCUGCUCGGUAGUUACGAGGACCGUCAUCACGACGACCUGUCCCAGAACCGAUUGUUGGGACCCAACAUGAGCAGACAAGGCAGCGCUGAUAGCAUGGGUAGCCGAUACAACCCCAACUCUCCUCACCUCUCUCCCUCAGCCCAGCCUCUCUACCGGUCAGGAUCCCCUACUCCCUCAUCUUCCGACUUGCACGCACCGGCUGGACCUUAUGCGAGCAUCAACUCGAAAGGAGGCUACCGGGGUGGAGCGGGUGCCGUCGGUGCGACAUCGUUCGGUGAAAAGGGAUGGAGCGCGCAGAACAACGCUUCGGGAAGCUUGGCACCUAGCAUCAGCGACAAGUUUUCGCUGUCUCCGGACCCGGCGUCGUGGGGUGCCAACGUCGCACUGAACCAUCCGGAGCCGGACGACUAUCUGCAUAACCCUGACCCAAAGCGGGAUCGCAAGUACGACCGGGGCGGUACAAUCUUUACCGUUCGAGGAUUGUACAACAUCGGUUGCAUUUUGAUCCUGGUUCUGGCUCUUUGCACCCUGUUCGGCGGGUACCCGCUGAUCUCCUUUUUCACACGGGACCCGCCGAACACGCUCGGUGGAUACAACUUGGGUGGAAUCAACGGGACCGGUCAAGUCGCUACCCGGUUGGGCAACUUCAACCUGAUCGACGAGGAUACCCCGGCUGAUGCGUACACGUAUACAAGCAAGUGGACCGGAGAGACCUGGGACCUCGUAUUCAGUGACGAGUUCAACCUGGAUGGAAGGACCUUCUGGCCCGGUGAUGACCCGUUCUGGGAGGCGGAGAACAUCCAUUACUGGGGAACCAACAACUUGGAAUGGUACGAUCCCCGAUCGAUCACCACCGAGGGAGGAAACCUGAAAAUCACUCUGACAAACUCGCCUCAGAAAGGGCUCAAUUACACUGGAGGAUUGAUGAGCACCUGGAACAAGUUCUGUUUCCGAGGCGGAUACAUCGAGACCAGCCUCGUUUUGCCUGGUACAAGCUCUGUUUACGGUCUUUGGCCCGCUGUGUGGACUAUGGGUAACCUCGGACGAAUGGGUUACGGAGGUACACUAGACGGAAUGUGGCCUUACUCUUACGACUCGUGCGAUACUGGAACCAUGCCCAACCAGACCUUGAACGGCGGUCCGAACGUCGCGUUGACCACGGGUCCCGAGCAAUCUCCUUUCAACGGAAGCUUGUCGUACCUUACCGGUCAACGUCUCUCCUCGUGUACCUGUCCCGACGACCCUACCCACCCUGGACCCAAGAAGGCCAACGGAGAUUUCAAGGGCCGAGCCGCUCCUGAAAUCGAUCUGAUCGAAGCGCAGGUUCUGCAAACCGAUCACGGAAUCGUCUCGGAAGUAUCCCAGUCCUGUCAAUGGGCGCCGUUCAACCCGUAUUACUACUUUUCCACGAACGUGUCCGGCACGGACUAUCAGAUCAUGGACGAUUCGAUGACCAAGAUCAACACGUACUUGGGAGGUGUUUACCAGCAGGCCACAUCUGGUGUAUCCUACACCGACCCCAACUGCUAUGAAGGGAACACGGGAUGUUUCUCGAUCUAUGGAUUCGAGUAUGCCCAUGGCGACGAGGGAUACGUUUGGUGGGUGAACGAUGGCAAACCCGCAUGGUGGAUUGCGGGCUCGGCGAUGAAGCCUGUACCAGAGGCGGACGUCGGUCAGAGGCCUGUCCCGUACGAGCCGAUGUACUUGAUCGUCAACUUGGGUCUUUCUGAGAACUUCGGAGCCAUCGACUACGAGGGUCUAGAGCAGCUCUGGCCGGUACACAUGUUGAUCGAUUACAUCCGGGUAUAUCAAGACCCCAAGGCCAAAGACCUCGGCUGCGAUCCGGAGGAUAUGCCCACCGCAAGCUACAUUGAGAUGUACAAAGAGGCUUACACCAACGCGAACAUCUCCACCUUUGAUCAAAUCCCAGAGCCACACCCACCGAAGCCGAAGAAUCGACUCGAUGGUGGUUGCUGAGUGCGACCUUGAGCCGGGAUUUCACCAUCUUUCUUUACGAUAUACCCACGAGUUCACGAAUAUUCACCCAUUUCUUGUCCAUCAUCUAUGUCCUCCGACCCCUCAUCGAUCUCGGUGAGGAUCGGACAACGAGGUUUGUUCGUUUGUAUACAUCAAUCAUGGCGGCGUUAUUAGAUCUUUGCGGUCAUUGUAGCACUGUUCCUCUGAACUUGCAUAGAUUCCAGUCGGCACCCGUUCUAUCCAUUAUAAGCGACUUCUACA